UGCAUGCUUUUGUAGCUGUGAUGGGGGCAUCAUGGUCUUGUCGAUCGGGCGACGACGAGCUGACAAGAGAGAAACUGGACGCAUACCAGAACUGCACCUACUUCACACACGGAGAAAUCAAGAGAGUCUUUGAUAAGUUUAAGCAGAUAGCUCCAGUUGAAGAGAGACACCUCAAGGGCAAAAUAAUGCAUCAGAGAGUUGUUAAUGAGAUGUCAGAGCUAAAGUACAACCCAUUCAAUGAAAGAAUAUGCAAGGUGUUCUCGUCUGAGGGUAAUGAUUACCUUACAUUCGAUGACUUCCUUGACAUGAUGUCUGUCUUCAGUGAAGCUGCACCUAGGGAUCUCAAAGCAACAUACGCGUUUCGAAUUUAUGACUUUAAUAACGAUAAUAUGCUUGAUUUUGAUGAUCUGCACAAGACGUUGGAGUGUCUGACAGGGGACAAGUUGGAACCGGCAGAAAGAACGCGAGUUAUACAAAAGGUCCUGAAGGAAGCUGAUCUAGACAGUGACGAUAAGAUAUCAUUUGUAGAAUUUGAACACGUUAUUUCACGAGCUCCGGACUUUGCUAACACCUUCCACAUUCGUUUGAUAUAAAAUUUCUUCAUACCUCUUCCUAUUAAACGUAACUGUUUAUAUCCAAACUUCAACCACAACUGUGUACAGCAAGCUCUUUCGGCAUUAACUUUCAUGUACUCGAAUAUUUGUAUGUAUUGUAUUGUAUAGUAGUAAGCAUUUGAUGGGUACUAACUUAGCAUAACGAUAUUUGGAAACGAAACGGGUUUGAUUUUUCAUUCAGACCUUUGAAAGUCUUAAAAUUACUUGUUGUU